UGCCACUCCGUUUUAUUAUAGUAUUUGUAAAACAAAUAUAUAUAAUCCUUAGGUGUAUAUUUUGACGCAGGGUCCCCGUGCGCCAUGUGAGCGCUGUAGCACAGAGGACGGCUCUGCCAGCUCCGGAGCGUGAGAGGAGUGUUCACACUAAUAAACACUGCAGCGGCUAAGCAUGGUCACCGGGCCUGUCCACGUGACAGGGGUGCUGUUACGACCAGGCAUGGGGUCCGAUCCUCUGCUGUUUUCGUGGAAAAAAAUACUUUAGAGUGUAGCAUCACUCAGUCAUAGGCUACAUCAAUGUAAACACUUAUCAGAGGAGCGGUAGAGAGACAUGUGAGGGAAGAAGCGCAAUAUAAUCUUGGAUUUGUAUAUCUCCGUAUUAUAGGCCAAGGCUAUAGCCUAUUCGAAAAAAACUACCUAGCACAAGGCAUAACUUUUUAUUUUUUAAUGUUUCUUUGUAUUCAUAUGUUAUUGUUAAAAUAUUAUAGUAGGCUAUUGCUUUUUUGCUGUUGAAGUUGGCCUGUCCAUGCAUGCUUAUGAAACACUGUUUACUAAAAACAGGUGUUUCAACUGAAUGUUACUUUACAAACAAUGAUGGGUGGGACUGACACCCGUUUCAGUUAGGAAAGUAUACCAUCUAGUGGUAAAAGAGCGACAUUGAUCCACAGUGACACCAACGUAGCAGCCUGUGGUCUCUAGUGUUGAGAGAUAUUAACUCAUUUAUAAGAAAAACAGAAACAUGUAAUGUUUAUCUUCAACGAAUCUUCCAUCAACAUAACUCCCUUACAAGAUAGGGAAUUUGGGGCCCCAGAAUUGUCCUCUCCCCAAAUAGAGAAGAGCCCAACCUAAUAUCAAGCAAGCAGGUGAAAUGCCGUAAUGCUGUAUCCAUUCCACAGUACUUUAAAAAAAAAAUCCUUGUUGGUGACUGAGCCAGUUGCCAAUAGGUUGCACCUAGUCCGCUUGUGAGUAGAGAAAUAACAAUUUCAUCAUGGUUGCAUGAUUGUACAAAAAAAUAUUAACAACAACAAAUAGCAACAAUCGUUAAAAUUAGGUAGGAAUAUGCAUUUGUCUUGGCCUUUUUAUCCUUCAGAAAUCCUCUGAAGUGCAACCGCUCGCUAAUUGACCAAUCAGAGGCGAGCAUACGGGGAACGCAUGCGCAAUAUCAUUAUUUUUAAACGACCUGAGAAGGUGGGCAUCAAGGCGAUAGGCUUGCAUGGACAUCUAGACAGCCCACUGUUGAGGAGAAACGGCAUCCACGGUGUGAGAUCAAGCUCUUUGUGCCACCAACGCCCCUGUCAGGAGGACAUUGGUGGGCGUUGGUUGGCAAGGGUUCUGGUUGUAGGGUUGCCACAACAAUGACAUCCACUGUGUUCACAAGUGGAGGAUAUAAGCUGGACACAGUAGGGAAGAUUGAUUUGGUCAAAGCUCCAGCGGGAGGAACACCUGAUUCCUUCAGCAUCCUGAGGAGGGAGCCAAGUGAAUAUGUCAUCGGAGUCCCAAACGUGCUGGGCAGUAUCCACAACAGCAGCGGCCAGCAGCUUCAGGGGAAAGCCAAGGUGGUGCCAGGACAGGGACAGGUUACCUGCAGGCCUGGAUCUGGACAGAACCUUGGGCUUGGGUCGGGGCAAGAGGAGAACUGGGUGAGCUUUGGAGCCCAAACUCCCCAGGGCAAACCGAUGGGGGGCGAAGGCACCACACCAGUUAAGAGCAAGACACUACUAGGACAGACAAACAGCAAUAUGGGCAAGACGGACCUUGGAGUGCACAACACUAUCAAACAGCCCCGGGACGAUGUAGUGGGUGGCAGGGAGGUCAGAGGGGCUGCUACGGCAGCAGUCAUGGGGGCACAGUCAUCAGAACACAGCCCAGACUGCAAAAGAGGGAAUAUUAGGAAAGGGCCUGGUCACUCCCCUACACAGACCAGCUGCAUACGCCAGAUCCUCCUCCUCCAACUGGAACUCAUUGAACAACAGCAACAGCAGCUCCAGUCCAAGAGUAAGGAGAUAGAUGACCUUAAAGCUGAGAAGGAAAUGCUCAUGGCGCGGAUCGAGCGCAUGGAGCGCCGUCUGCGGCUAGGUAAGAAGGAUGGGUGUGACCAGCACCCCACCCACAUCCCUAGCCGGCAACAAGACAAGGCAGCAACGCCAGGGACACCAGAGGGGCAGGGGCUGUCUGAGGGCCGCAGCAACCAUACACCCCGAACGCUGAAUUUUGGCAGAGGAGGCAAGGGUCACAAACGGCGUUUCCUCUUCCAGGACCCCAGGGCAGCCAAACGACGUGCCCAAGCCAAGGCUUCCCAGUCCCCACACAACGAGGCACUUCUCCCCAAAGAGGAGCCACUGGACGGAGGAGAGUUUUCAGAUGGGUCUCCUGGAACCAGCUCGGCUGCCACUGAGGAACUGGACUACCUGUCCACCACAGACAUGUACCUGUGUCGCUGGCAUGUGCCUCCCCCGUCACCAACUUCGCGAGAGCCCUCACCCAAGAAGGAGGAGCCUGUGGCUAUUCCCUCAUGGAAGGAAAACCUUAUGGAGCCCCUAGGAGAGGAGGAGGCAUCUGAUAUCCCUGAGAAUCUGGAUGACAAUGUCUUCCUGAAGCGCCACUCGAAGCAUGAACUGGAUGAGAAGAGAAGGAAGAGAUGGGACAUCCAGCGGAUCCGUGAGCAGCGAAUGUUCCAGCGACUGCAGCAGCGCAUGAACAAGAGGAAGGGUAUCCAAGAGAGUGAGCCAGAAGUGUUCUCCUUCUACCCAGAAGCUGAGGAUGUGGAGUACCUCAUGAUCACCCCCCACCUUCCAGUGGUGGUGUUUGGACGACCUCUGCCAAAGCUGUCAAGACGGAUCUUUGACCUGCCCUGGCUGGAUGAGCGGAGCCGCUGUCGAGUUGAAGUGCCCAAAAAGCAGACCCCCCACCGGACCUGCCGUAAAUAAAUCUGUCCUUUCCACCUGAGUCCAAGAGAGGAGACUCCGGCUGGAUUGGUGCCAGGCAGGACUCCUCUGUGUAAACGUCUGCCUUGUUAUUUGGGAGAGGAACACACACAGGAGGUUGGGGAAUUGCAUGCCACAAUCCCCUAAAAUCAAAGGAUGCACUGUGCCACAGUUUGGACAUAGUUGCUGGACUGCAGAACAGAUCCUAUAGUAGGGCUGGUUUGGAAGAAGAUUGAGGGUGGUGUGGACUAUCCAGGAAGAGCAGACAUGUUUGUCUCCUCUAGAUUCCCACUGGGUUCAUUUGAGGACAGUUUUCCUCUUUGUCACUUCACCCCAAAAAUCCCCAAGCUAAAGUUGUACAAACUGUUGACGUUGUCAUUCACAUUGACAUGCCAGAAUGGCUGACUCCCAUCUGUAUGUGAUUGCUGUUGCAUCCUAUAGAAAGGAGAUCUCCUGUUGGAGAUAAAAGGGGAAAAAAAACAUUUCACAGUAGGAGAGUGAGAUGGUUUGAAAGCGCUUCAGCAGCACUUAUGGUUUGUGUUUCAAACAAGAUGUUGAAAUUUAAAAAACAAAAAUGCUUUAUGAACAUGA